AGGACUGGCAGGAGGCAGGUCCAGGCAGCAUAGCCCUCCCAUAACCUACCCUCAGAUUUUUUUUCAGCAGUUGGAGACAUGUACCCCAAUCCCUCUGCUUAGCCUGACCCUGAUGUAGGGACUCUUUGUCCACAGCAACUGUGGAGAUGGCACGUUUGGUGAGCUCCUCUCGGACCAGCUGUCUUCCUUUCCUCUUCCUCCUCCUCUUCCUCCUCCUCCUCCAAUUGUCUUUCAGCUCUGCAGGACAGUUCAGAGUAAUAGGACCAAAGCACCCAAUCCGAGCUGUUGUGGGGGAUGAAGUGGAAUUACCAUGUCGCAUAUCUCCUGGAAAGAAUGCCACAGGCAUGGAGGUGGGUUGGUAUCGACCCCCUUUCUCUAGGGUGGUUCAUCUCUACCGAAAUGGCAAGGAUCAAGAUGGAGAACAGGCCCCUGAAUAUCGUGGCCGGACAGAGCUGCUCAAAGAGGCCAUUGGUGAAGGAAAGGUGACUCUCCGCCUACGGAAUGUUAGACUCAUUGAUGAAGGAGGUUUCACUUGCUUCUUCAGAGAUCAUGCUUACCAAGAGGAGGCAGCAAUGGAACUGAAAGUGGAAGAUCUUUUCUACUGGAUAAAUCCUGCAGUGCUGGUUCUCAUUGCGGUCUCACCUGUGCUCCUUCUGCAGAUCACUGUGGGCCUUGUCUUCCUCUGCUUGCAGCACAGACUCAGAGGAAAACUUCGAGCAGAGAUAGAGAAUCUCCACCGAACUUUUGAUCCCCACUUCCUGAUGGUGCCCUGUUGGAAGAUAUUCCUGUUCGUAAUUGUGCCGGUACUUGGACCCAUUGUUGCCUUGAUCAUCUGCUACAAUUGGCUGCAUCGAAGACUUGCAGGGCAAUUUCUUGAAGAGCUAAGAAAUCCCUUCUGAAUGAAGCUGCAAUGGGAUGAAGAGCCUGGCUGGCCCAAGGAUUGUUUCUUGGGGAUGUUUCAUCAAUGAGAUGCAUACUUA